AUGCCAUCAUCUGAAAGCCUGCCGCGCAAGCGGCUCAAAUCAGAGGGUCCGGGGCCAUUGUGGAAGCUGGGUGGAGAGAAUGAGGCGAUUCAGGUGUUGGAAUCUCGGCAUGGACGGGGGUUUUGGCAGAAGGGCAUGGAGCUCUGUACAGAUGGUGAGUUCAUGGAGCGGCUCCUGGCAUGGGGUCGCACGUUUGCGCUGAAGAUGGUAGACAAACCUUGGAGAGCACACGUGUACAAACAUUACAAGCUUCAAGUUGCCUACAUCCAGGAGUAUUUUUCAGCCAGAGCUGCAGUUGUCAAAGCAGAAUUGCACGAGUUGAAAGAGCUGGCCGCUAUAAAUGAGCAAAGUGACCAAAAGUUGGAGACAGAUAAAGAUGAACAUACUAUACCCUGGCAACGUUUCUUCGGGCACAUCAAGAGGAACAAGCAUGUGCGCAUUGUCGAUCUGGCUGGUGGCCCUGGAUGUUGCGCAGCUGGUGCUUGCCAAUUCUUCAACGAAUGGUUUGACGAAACAAACCAAUGCAGCAUCCACGCAACCGUGCUGGAUCCUGUGGAGGAAUGGGCUUGGUGUAGCGAGAAGCUGGGUUUCAACUUCAAGCUUUGCUCCUCGCUGUCAGACAUGCUUUUGGACGACAGCACCUUCACAGCAGAUGUUGUGCUCGUUGGCUGGGCGAUGAACUUUGCCUCCAAGCUGUUCUGGAAGCGCUUGCAUGUGGCCUUUGGCCAGCGUGGCGUCCUAGCAAACUGCAACCGAUAUGCCUUGAUCAUGGUCAUGGACCGUGGCAUGGAUCAGCUGCGCUUCAAAGAUCAUCGGCAGCGAGUGCUGCAGAGGCCCCAAGUGAUUCAGAGGGACCAUGGAAUGAACGUUACCUACUCCUUCCUAAUUGGCGAAGAAGAGGCGGAAAGCACGAGCUCUGACCAAUCCCCGCUGAAGCUCUCUCCUAGCUGCAGGCUCGUGCAGGCUGCCUAG